AUGGGCGCGAUUGACGACAAAGCUUUCACAACAGCAUGUCGAAAGAGAUUUUUGGCUGGAGAGGCUGAGGUCAAGGCUGUUCAAAUGUGCUCUAUAUGGCAAGAAAAAGUGGAGAAUGUUGAGUGGCGCCAGAUCCGUGUGGUCAAGGAUAAGGAUGACAAGCAUGCCAAGGAGGAUGAUGAUGAGCUGUGGGAACUUCGGGAAGAAUGGGGCGAAAAUAUUUACGAGGAUGUGACCUGUUUCGUGUAUUUCCUAUUGAGAAUUUCCUCCAAGCUACAAAUCUAA